GCCGCCGAGGCCCCGGGGCCGGAGCCGGGAGCACCGAGCCGGCAGCCGGGAGCCGAGCGCGCAGGGCCGGGGCCGGGGCCGAGCGGAGCGGAGAGGGAGCGCCCGAGCCCCCGAGCCCCCGAGCCCCCGAGCCCCCGAGCCCCCGAGCCCCCGAGCCCCCGAGCCCGCCAUGGAGCCCGACAGCAGCCCGCGGAAGAUCCAGUUCACGGUCCCGCUGCUGGAGCCGCACCUUGACCCCGAGGCGGCCGAGCAGAUUCGGAGGCGCCGCCCCACCCCUGCCACCCUAGUGCUGACCAGUGACCAGUCCUCCCCAGCCUUCAGGUUGCUCCAGCAACUGCCAUCCCCCCAGCCCCCCGGGGCAGUGACAGCUGUGAGGGGAGGGACGGCGGCCGUCAGCCAGCCUGCAGCCCUCCGGGAAGGGGAAGGUCGGGAGCACUCGGAGCAGCUGGCGUGGUCACCAGUGCACCCCGUGAGGUCUGAGGGGGACAUGGUCUCGGGGAGCCUGACGGGACGGCGGGAGGCAGGUGCUGCUGCUAAGGUAGAUGAAGACCGGAUCCCCAACCCGCUCCUCAAGUCCACUCUGUCCAUGUCUCCACGGCAACGGAAGAAGGUGACAAGGACCACACCCACGAUGAAAGAGCUCCAGAUGAUGGUGGAGCAUCACCUGGGGCAACAGCAGCAGGGAGACGAGCCUGAGGGAGCCGCGGGGAGCUCGGGGCCCCGGGAGCCCUGCCCGCCUGGGAUCCCAGACACGGAGGCGGCCUGCAGGCCGGGCGCGGGGAAGGCAGCAGGGCCUGCAGAACCCACGCGCGAAGCUCAGGAGAGGGGCAGGGAGAAGCCCGGCAGCGAGGAACCCACGGCCCAUAUACCACCACCGGCCUCCCUGGGAGCCAAGCCGCAGGUGUGACUCGGAAGGAGGCAUCCUGCCAUCGGCACUGCGGCUGGGAACGCACAGACACUGGAUCUCUUUCUUAUUCACUUUUGGGGAAAAAAACAAAAACAAAAAAAAACAAAAAAAAAACCUCUUGUUUUUAAAAAGUGAUAAAUUUGGUGUUAGGUC